AUGGCUCAGAUCGAUCUGAUGGAGGCGGCAGAGGCGGCCGCUGUGGAGUCCGCGAUUCUAUGGCAGGUGCAAACUAUCCUCGAAGCUCUUCUACCCACCGACGAGCUCGACGCUUGGCUUCAUGGAGUCGGCCUCGCCGGUGCCAUCGGGGAACUCAAGUCUGAGGUGGAGAGGAUGGAGACGGUGAUUAAUGGUGUCAAGGGGAGGGCGGUCGGGAACAAGCCGCUUGCCCGCUCCCUCGCUCGUGUCAAGGAGCUCAUGUAUGACGCCGACGACGUGGACACGUGGUGGAUGAGCUCGACUAUUGCAGGCUCCAGCAACAGGUCCAAGGAGGAAGGCAUCGUUGGAGAUGGAGCAGAGCAAGUAGAUGCAUCGGCCAAUACUGUUGUUAUGCUUGCUCCUGCUAUUGAGCCAGAAGGCAUGGUUGGAGAUGGAGAUAAUAGAGAUGGAGCAGAGCACGUAGCUGCAUCGGCCAGUACUGCUGGUGUACCGAACAAUAACGCCGGCAAAAAUCGAUGCAAGGAGUGGGACUAUUUUCACAUUACACCGGCUGUUAAUGGAGAGCCUGCGAGAGCCAAGUGCAUUGACUGUGGCACACAGGUUGCUUUUAGUUACGGGACGUCAGUUUUGCGCAAACAUCGUAACAGUGCCAGUUGCAAGAAAAAACGCGCAACAAUUGAAGAGGCGCCGAACUGUCCAAGGUACUGCUUAACCCUCAAGUUCUGCAUUGCAUCACUUUUCCAAUAUCGAAUUAUGUUAAUAUGGGUUUGGGUGUCCAACAUCUUUGACGAAGUAAGAGUGAUAAUGGAGAUCUUAGACGUUAUUACCCUAAACAGCCAUGAAGGAUCUCCUCGCACCAAAGAAAGCUAUGAAGGACCCAAAAAGUUUCUGCUUGUUCUAGAUGAUGUCAAUGACAGCAUGGAUGAUUCCCGAUGGAAAGAUCUGUUGGAUGCUUUGGGAUCAAGUUGCACAAAGGGUAAUGUGAUUAUUGUGACAGCUAGAAAUUUGUCCAUUGCACAAAGGCUAGCAUAUGCAUUUGGUGAUAACAACAACAAAGAGCAUCUAGACAUUGGGUAUCAAAUAGCUGCAAAAUUAAAGGGCAACCCAUUAGCAGCAGAAAGUGCAGCAGAAAUGUUAAGAGAGCAGCCUACUCUUGGCCAUUGGAAAAACAUCAUUAGGGAUGGUGUUUGGGAAUCUCUGCAACACCGUGGAAGCAUCAUGACUACUUUGAAGAUUAACUAUUAUCUGUUGUCCUACCAAUUACAGCAGUGUUUCUUGUUUUGUUCUAUAUUUCCAAAUGGCUAUUUGUUCCAUAUUGAUGAUUUGGUUUACAUGUGGAUAUCGUCGGGAUUUGUGAAAUCUAUUGAGGUAGGACAAGAUUACCUCAAUGCUCUGGUUAACUCAGGUUUCCUUCAGCAUGUUGAAACAAAAGACUCCAUUCUACACCAUCAAAAGUACUAUGUUAUGUGUGGUAUUAUGCAUGAAUUUGCAAGACUAGUUUCAAGGGCUGAGUUUGCAACUAUGGAUGGUUUAGAGUGCAAAGAAGUUUUGUCAACCGUACGCCAUUUUUCAAUCCUAAUUGAUUCCGUGUACCAUGAAGAUGAAUGUGGGAUCAUACUUCGUAAUGGGAAGUUCGAAGAAAAAUUGAAGAGUAUAAUUUCUUUAGUGAGAGGAUUGAGGACAUUGAUCUUAAUUGGGGAUUAUGACUCUUUAUUCUUCCGGUCCUUCCAAACCUUCGUCUGUAGUUUGGUAAAUUGUGCCCAUCUUCGCUACCUAAAACUUGAGAACAAAUGGAGCAAUGAAGCUUUGCCUAUAUCUCUGAGCAAUUUUUACCAUCUUAAAGUAUUAGAUGCUAGACGACCAGUUAUUAUUGAUGGUAUGAGUGAUCAUGUUAGCAUAAGGAAACUUGUUCUAACGAAGGGAGCAUGCUGUGCUUGCUCCCCAUCAUGGUCUGCUUGCUUGCAGACGAUCCGUCUAGAGGAUUGUAAAGGAUGGGAAAUUCUCCCAUCUCUGGAAAGGCUAUCAUUUCUUACAAAGUUGAAGCUAAGGAAUAUGCUCAGAGUAACAAAAUUGUUAAUUCCUUCGUUGAAGGAGCUGGUCUUGAUUGAUAUGCCAAAGUUGGAAAGAUGUUUUCCCAAUUCAGUGAGGGACCUGAACUCAAGUUUGAGGGUACUGGAGAUCAGGAGAUGCUUGGUACUAAAGGCCUUUCCCCUCUUUGAGAGUUGUGAAAAAUUUGAAAUCGAGAAGUCAUGGUUGCCCAAUGUUAGCGAGCUCACCAUCCAUGGGUGUCUUCAUUUAAUGGUAUCAAAUCCUCUACCACCAUCAAGUAGAUUUUGCAAAUUAUUCAUCGAAAGAGUUUCCGCACUUCCAAAGAUCAUCAGACGCAGAAUUGAGAAUUGA